CGUUCCAAAACAUGACAUCACGGCUCAAUAAAUUCAGGGAAAUGAUCUUCAGCAAUGGUUCAGGAUCAGUGAACAUCAGCCGUGACCAUGUCGACUUGGCGCAAGCCUGGAUGAAAUAUAUGACCAGUUACAUUGACGGACUCCACGUCUUGCAGAAUGAUCUCGGUGCCAAGGUUAUGAGAACGACACAGGAAUCGUCAGCGGUACAGCGAGAUAUCACAGCCCACAGCUCAGUUCUGACAUUCCUGGAGUUUUUAGUCUACCCCGUGUUUGUUAUUCUGACCGUACGCCUCACUAGCAGCAUCAAACAGUACUCGGUAAAGCUCUCGGAGAGACUGAGGGUUUUAGUCCGGGAGCAGAGGCGCAAUGCCACGCUUGUGAAAGAGAUGUACCCACCAACAGUGGCACAGAGACUGCUGAAAGGCAAAGUCGUGGAACCAGAAAGUUUCGAAUCUGCCACCGUCUGCUUCUCGGGUCUGGCGGAUUUUGCCGAGCUGAGCCGACGCAGCCACGGGGUGGACAUCAUCUUCUUCAUCAACCGAUUGUUUGACCUGAUGGAUGAGGAGAUCGUCAAGCACGACGUCUUUAAAGUGGAGACUGUGGCCGACCAAUAUGUCGUCGUUUCCGGUCUUCCGGUGAGAAAUGGCGAACGUCAUGUCGCUGAGGCUGCAAACAUGGCGUUGGGGCUUCUGGAGCAGACGACAAAGCUGAAAGUCGACCAUCUGCCAGAUUAUCAGAUCAAACUGAAGUUUGGAUUAUGUUCAG